AUGUCGGCCAUCCAGCAGAUCAUCAACGACGCCAACCACGCCUCGUCGAAGCGACGACGCUUCCAGCCUCCGAUCACCAGCUUCUUCUCCCUUGCAGGUGGGAGCAACAAUCUCGAUAGCGAAGCCUCCACUGCCGCCCCUCUUCCUCGCUUUUCCCACACCCACUACUCGGCAGCCACAUCCUCGCCAACCCCCUUGGUCCCGGCCAAGAUCCAGUCGUCCCUGCUCUCUGUCGGCAUGCGGGUCCGCAAAUCCAUCGCGGAGGGAUACAAGACCAAAGCAGGUCAGAAACAGCCGUCGGCUUUCCCCUUCGCUGCUGCUUCUUCCUCUUCGUCGAGCGGCUUGGAUUCCCCCCUCCAGCCUCUCGCUCACCCCGCCCCCGUCGUCUCUCGCCCCGUCCUCUCUGACGAAGGAGACGCCUACUCUCUACCAUCCAGCAGCCAGGAAUCCACCUGUUCUUCCUCCCUACCUCUGUCAAGGCCUUACAAACGCUCCUAUGAUGCUGAAGGCGAUCUGGACGAUUUCGACUUUCUCACCAAUGAGCCCAUCUUCCCGUCCACAUCAGUGCCGAUGACCUCCUCCUUAUCGUCCUCGUCAGGCUCGCAGCGGAUCAUCCUCUCGCCCAAACUGGGCCAACAGAGACGCCAGUUCCACCGCCGAUCGAAAUAUUUCCUCGGACAGGAGAACAUGGUCCAUACCGGCCCGGCGUCAGCCAUGGACGUCGACGAUUUCGAGGAGCCCACUUUCCUGCGCAGCCGUGAGGAAGUCGAUAUCGACUACGUGUCGCGUCGGGGGAUGCACUAUGAAGUUGAAAUGGGUGGCCUCUAG